AUGAACUCGAUAGUAAGCUCACUCUUUGCCUUUUGGAUUGCUGGUGGAGACAAAAAUAACUUAAAUGAAUCCAUGACAGACAGUACAAAACAACAGCAGCAGCAACAGCAACUGCCUCAACUAAAAACACAAUCCAUAGAAAAUACUAUUGGAAACCUUUCUAAUAAUCAAUCAUCAACUUCACCAAGAAAUAAUCUACAACUUGUUUCCUCCAUUGAAGAUGUGAUAACUACAUUUGAUCAUCAUUCAACACACCAACAAGUUUCUUCAAGUAGUGAAAUGGUUCCACAGUGGAGGACCUACAAGGUUGACCAUUCUUCCAUAAAUAGUAUGCAACCAAACAGGGAUAUUACUAGUUUUGUAUUAAAAAAAAGAAAACAAUUUUCCAAGAGGAAUUUUUCCUUGCUAAAUAGUAAAGAAUUUGGAAGCCUCAAUCCUCAUCAUGUAAAUACUUAUAUUGUGGACGAAUCGUCGACAAUGGUCCGAUGUAUGCAAUCGAUUUUAUUGGAAACACAACUAAUUGGGAAUGCAAACUAUUCCAGCAAUUUGUUCACACUGAAGAAUCAAGACAAUGACUCCUCAAAUUUCCAUCUCUACAGUUCCCUACCAAUCUCUGCAAUGAAUCAUGCCUGUUAUUAUGAAGUGACACUAUUAGAAACUGAAAACAAUUCGAAUCCUACCAUUUGUUUAGGAUUUGGUAAAGCUGACAAUGACUUGCAAAAUCAUAUUGGAUGGUUCUGUGAGAGUGUUGCAUUCCAUACGGACGACCAAAGAUUACGAAACUCACAACGAAACUCUUCGUAUAGAGUUGGAGGUCCACAAAUUAAGAAGGGAGAUACGAUUGGAGUUUAUUGGGAUUUGAAUUCAACAAAAAGUGGAAUGGUAUACUUUACAAAGAAUGGACAAUUUAUAGAUUACAAGACGAAUUGUAGAGUUUCGAAUUCUAAUGAAUUUAUGAUUGCAAUGAGUGGACUAGUUAAUGGAAACUCAACUCUGACAUUCAAAUUGAAUGUAGGAAAUGAAAGGUUUCAAUGUAAACAUUUCAAUGAUUUGUAUCAUUUGAGCGAGAGUCAAACUAAACUUUUGACAAUGAUUAAUUCAGAGAGGUUGUCUGAUAUUUUCCUUUCAACACUCUGA